UUGUAAGCAGUAAGCAAGAAUGUUGCCAUUUAAUAAGAAGAAGAAUAAAAUCAAAUCGUACAAUAUAUAUAAAUAUAACUAGUCUAAAACUAAAAAGAUUUGAUCCUGAAAGGCAGAGAGAGAGGCAUUGCGGUGAAAAUCGAGAGUGACUCACUACACAAACACAAGGAGGAAAAAGAAAGAAAGAAGGCAGAAAAAAAGAGGAGGAUUGUCGGUGGUGUUGCUAACGUGUCAGGCGCAGACCCGAUUACCCGGCCCCAUUAACCCCUACUUUUAUGAGCAGCCACCAUAAAACCACCACUCCCUACUUAUGCUCUUCCCUCUCUACCUAAAAUGGUGUCGCCGGACCAAUCCCACUUCGCAAUGCUCAAGCACGGCGGCCGGACCAAGGCCGCCUCCUUCCUUUCCGACGGCUGCCGUCUCUCCGCCGGCGCUCUCGUCGGGUUCAUGCUGGUCUGGACCAUCUGGUCCUCCUUGACCCCCACCCCCACCCCCACCCCGUCUCUUCCCGCCAAAACAUCCUCCCCCGCCGCCCCUCCUUCCCCCGACUCCCCGGAGCGCAACUUCUACGACGACCCCAAGCUGAGCUACGCCCUCGGGUCGAAGCCCGUGAGGAAGUGGGACGAGAAGCGAAGGGAGUGGCUGAGGCAGCACCCGUCUCUCGCCGCCGGGGCGGAGCACCGGAUCUUCAUGGUGACUGGGUCGCAGGCGGCGCCGUGCAAGAACCCCAUCGGCGACCACCUCCUGCUGAAGCUGUUCAAGAACAAGGUGGACUACUGCCGGCGGCACGGCAUCGACAUCUUCUACAACAACGUCCUCCUCCAGCCCCAGAUGUUCUCCUUCUGGGCCAAGACCGCCGCCGUGAGGGCCGCCAUGCUGGCCCACCCGGAGGCGGAGUGGAUCUGGUGGGUGGACUCCGACGCCGCCUUCACCGACAUGGACUUCGCCCCGCCGCUCCACCGCUACAAGGACCACAACAUGGUGGUGCACGGCUGGCCGCUCCUCCUCCAGGAGAGGAACACGUGGACCGGCAUCAACGCCGGCGUCUUCCUCAUCCGCAACUGCCAGUGGGCCCUCGACUUCAUCGACGUCUGGGCCAGCAUGGGCCCGCAGUCCCCCGACUACCACAAAUGGGGCAAAACCCUCAGCUCCGUCUUCAAGGACAAGAUCUUCCCGGAAUCCGACGACCAAUCCGGUCUCAUCUACUUGUAUCUGAAAGAGAAAGAGAAAUGGGGGGACAAGAUCUACGUGGAAGGGGAGUACUAUUUUGAAGGCUACUGGUUGGAAAUUGUGGGCACGCUCGAUAACAUCACGGCGAGCUACUCGGAGAUUGAGAGGAAGGUCGGGGCGCUGCGGCGGAGGCACGCCGAGAAGCUCAGCGAGGGCUACGCUACGCUGUGGGAGGAGCACCUUAAGGGUGCGGGGUACGGGAAGGGGAGCUGGCGGAGGCCGUUCAUCACGCACUUCACCGGCUGCCAGCCCUGCAGUGGGGACCACAACCAGAUGUAUUCCGGCGAGAGCUGUUUCGAUUCCAUGAACAAGGCUCUCACCUUUGCGGAUAAUCAGGUGCUCAGGAAUUACGGCUUCGUGCACCCGGAUUUACACCAUCCCUCCACCGUCAAUCCCCUGCCCUUUGAUUAUCCUGCUUGAUUUUCCCUCCAUUUUUCUUUUUUACUUUUCCAAUCUUUAAUUGAAAAAUGUAAUGCAUAGCGGUAAUGUAUAGUAGUAGUACUAUUAUGCGAGUGCCAGCAAUAGCCGAUACGUAUACAAGUAAAGCUAAAAAACUGAUUUCGUUUGCGUAUUUGUGGGGUUUUAUUUGUCAGGCAGGGGAUGUAUAUUAUACACUUCAGAAAUAUGCGUAUCUUUAAUUCGUUCCU